GUCCGGCCCCGGAAGCGGCGGCGACAGCGGCUGUCGCAGUGCGCGGCCGGAGCCAGCGGAGCCGCCGGCCCCAGCGGGCCGGGCCGGGCCGGACGGCGCCAUGAAGGGAAAGGAGGAGCGGGAGGGCGGCGCGGUGGGGCCCGGGACAGCAGGGCCAGGAGCGGGGGGCGCGGGGGGCGGCAGCCCCGAGAAGAGCCACAGCGCGCAGGAGCACAAGGAGCAGGGCAACCGGCUCUUCGGCGGCCGCAAGUACCCCGAGGCCGCCGCCUGCUACGGCCGCGCCAUCAACCGCAACCCCUUAGUGGCCGUCUACUACACCAACCGAGCCCUCUGCUACCUGAAGAUGCAGCAGCACGACAAGGCGCUGGCGGACUGCAAGCGAGCUCUGGAGCUGGACGGCCAGUCGGUGAAGGCUCACUUCUUCCUGGGCCAGUGCCAGAUGGAGAUGGAGAAUUAUGAUGAGGCCAUUGCCAACCUGCAGAGAGCCUACAACCUUGCUAAGGAGCAGCGGCUGAAUUUUGGGGAUGACAUCCCCAGCGCGCUGCGCAUCGCCAAGAAGAAACGCUGGAACAGUAUUGAGGAGAAACGGAUCAACCAGGAGAACGAGCUGCACUCCUACCUGACCAAGCUCAUCAUGGCAGAGAAGGAGAGGGAGCUGGCCGAGUGCCAAAAGACUCAGCAGGAGGAAAACGUGGAUGAGAGCCGGAGCCGAGUUCAGCUGGCCAGCAUCGAGGCCAAACAUGACAAAUACCUGGCGGACAUGGACGAGCUCUUCUCUCAAGUGGAUGAGAAGAGGAAGAAGCGGGACAUCCCUGACUACCUGUGUGGGAAGAUCAGUUUUGAGCUGAUGCGAGAGCCCUGCAUCACACCCAGUGGGAUCACCUAUGACAGGAAAGACAUUGAGGAACAUCUCCAGGCAUGUGGAUGCCUGGCUGCUGCCGGACACUGGCACAGCACUGGCCUCAUAGCUGCCUGUGCCCUGGGGCUGAGCCAGACGCGUGGAGUAACCAGUUCACAGUCAUCUCCUCCCUUGCAGCGUGUGGGUCAUUUUGAUCCGGUGACGCGGAGUCCCCUGACACAGGACCAGCUGAUCCCCAACCUCGCCAUGAAGGAGGUGAUAGACGCAUUUAUCUCAGAGAACGGCUGGGUGGAGGAUUACUGAGGGGCCCUUGCUGGGCUGGCACCAUGCCUUACUCGCUCUCCAGCUGUUCCCCCUCCACUCCAGGUGCCCAGAGACCCAGCAGCAGCACUGGGUGAGGGCCUGUUGCCAUCUCCCCUUCCUAGGGAGCCAGAGUGGCUGGUUGGGCACGAAGGCUCCUCAGGCUCCCCGUUCCACCAGCUCCUCAUGGACCAUAGCACUUGGAGGAAGACCUGCUGGGUGGUUUGGAGAAGGCUGGCUCAUUGUGGUGGUCUGGAAGGUCUCACCACCAUCUUCAUCACCUAGAGAGCAGGAUCCCCCUUGGCUACAGCAGCUGCCAGUCCCUAAAGAUCACAUCCUGCUCUGGGGAGGUGCUGUGAGGAACUUGCCAGGAUGAGUGCCUGGUGCUGGUCUGGCCCAGUCCCCUCCCUGUGUACAUAGUUGUUUCUGCCUCCUUCCACUUCCUGCCUGGUCAGGGUCACGUUUGCCUUCUUCCUGUAAAUAGCCACUUCUUGGGGUGGGAGACCCACAUUCCUGCUGUGGAUACCAACUUGCCCUCCAGCUUCUCCUGGGAAACAACUUGCCCUGGGCUGGAAGGGGGUGGCUCGUGCAUCCCCUUGCCUGCUGUGGACCAUGGUUCCCUGCUAACAACUGCCUGGGUUAAAGUUCUUCUUCCUUUUACUGAAAUCUCUUUAAAAAACAUAACAAAACAAAAACAACCACCAAAUCCAUGGCCGACUGAGCUCCGGCCUUACAGUCAGCUGACAGCCUGCCUGGCUUUAAGCACCCUCUGGAAGUUUGCCAAUGUCAAUUAAAAAAAUAUAAAUAAAAAAAAUUCAGCAAUAAAUGUGAAAAAAAAAUA